AAUGGCCGCCUCCAUGUUCUGAAGAGAAAUUGUAAACAUUGAAGAAUGCCAGCUGCAAAUGAAAUCAACUCAAAACAAGGAGCUAAAGCUGUGACCUUUGACCUUGACCCACGUCCCGACUCUUCGAGCAGUGAUCAGAGUGAUAAAAAAGACAAAAAGAAAGAGGAAGUUCCUCCCCCACCCACCAAGGGAGUGUAUAUCUUCCCUAACGGAGACAAAUACGACGGAGAGUAUCAACACGGCAGUGACGGAUCACUAGAGAGAAACGGUUACGGUGUCCACACGACCACAGAUGGCAGUGUAUAUGAGGGGGAGUGGAAGGGAGACAAAAUGAACGGGAAAGGGAAACUGACCCACCCCUCAGGGGCAGUGUACGAGGGCGAUUUUGUGAAUAAUCAAUUUCACGGUCAGGGAAAAUACGCUUGGAAAAACAACUCGUUUUACGAAGGACAGUUCAACGAAAAUAAAAUGGAAGGAGUUGGUCAGUUUACGGACACCGAAGGACAGAUGUGGACAGGGACAUUCCGAUACAAAGCCGCCCCGGGCUUAAGGUUUGAACUGAAGAUGGAUUAAGGAAAGACAACUCUGCAUACUGAAACUCUUGUGUGAAUGCACUGUGUAAAGAUAUUCAUAUUAUCAUUGUAUACCUCCACGCUAUGUUUGUAUAUAUCAUGAAUGAUUGCAAGUUUUGUAUGUUUGUAAAUAUGAACGUUAAUGGAGGAGUAAACAUGAAGAAUUGUC